AUGGGGACAGCCAAGAACCACCAAAUGGAGCUGAAACUCCCGCUCCUCGAGAAACCUAAGACCCUGAAAAACUACAGCCAGCCUGAGGUUCUCCGUCACACCUUCGAGACUCUGUCCAGCCUUCACAAGUUGCUUCCCAAUCAUCUGAUGGAGCUGCUCCACUCCUGCAAGAGUGAGGAGGACAAGAAAAAAUGUGAGAAUUCUGAAUUCUCUGGCUUAGAAAGGAUCUUGGAAAGACAUCAAUUUCCAAGAGAGAUUAAUCUGACCCCCAAACCAAGCAGUAUGCCCCUGUGGAGAAGAAAACAAAACAACAACGCCAGUCAGGGGUGGAAGAAGUGCCGCCUGUGGAAUAAGAACACAAAGGAGCCUCCAAUGUCAACCAUAGUUGUCAGGUGGCUGAAAAAGAACAUGCGACCCACCGAAGACCUGGCCUCGGUCACGCAGAGGCUGUCGGCGUUCGGGCCGAUCGAGUCGGUGACCCUGUGUGGGCGGCAGAGCGCCGUGGUGGUUUUCAAAGACAUGGUCUCGGCCUGCAAAGCGGUGAACGCGUUCCAGAGCAGGGCGCCGGGGAGCAUGUUCCAGUGCGCCUGGCAACAGCCAUUCAUGUCGAGGGAGCUGAGGCUGCCCCCGACCAACAGCCAGCGGAAACUCCCCAGGCGCGUCUGA